GCGCAAGGCAGGAGGAGACGACCGCCUGGUGGAAGCACGUGACCUGGGGCUGGAUCCGGAAGCUACCUAUCUGGUUGGGAGCGCCCCUCAGCACCUAAGGCUGCGAUGACUUCUGCACUGACCCAGGGGCUGGAGCGAAUUCCUGAUCAGCUCGGGUACCUAGUCCUGAGUGAAGGCGCAGUGCUAGCGUCAUCUGGGGAUCUAGAGAACGAUGAGCAGGCAGCGAGUGCCAUCUCUGAGCUGGUCAGCACAGCCUGCGGUUUCCGGCUACACCAUGGCAUGAACAUACCCUUCAAGCGCCUGUCGGGUGUGUCUCCCUUCCAGUGGUCUUUGGAGAACACACGCUGCUGGUGACCGUGUCAGGACAGAGGGUAUUUGUGGUGAAGAGGCAGAACCGAGGCCGGGAGCCCAUUGACGUCUGAGCCUGCCAAAGGCAAGGGGCAGAGGUGGAUUGGGUCCAUGAGCCUCUGAUGAGAAAGAUGCAAACUUCCUCCACCUUUCUUGGCCUGCUGCUAGAACUAAGGCUUUCUGUUCACUUUCCUUCCCCCACCCCCCUCACCCCCAUUACCUGGAAGGGCAAAAGCUUGGUGACUGUGGUGUGUUAAGGACAGUGAGGACAAUAAACAUGAGUCUGAUGUUCACAGGCCCAGGGAUGUGUGUAUGGGGUGGGAGUCGGGGGGUGCUAUGCCCACAUCUUCCACCUGCUAGGAAGAAGUCUUGUACCUCAGCCCAAAGGGGUGGAGCUACACCACCUCUGGGCAUAUCAAACUGGGAAUAAAAAAAAAAAAUGGGGGAAGGGAGCUAUGUGGUAUGCAUGCUGAAGUGAAUCAUUUUGAGGCCCGGGUCUCUGUUCCUGCCACCAACACACGAACAACAGUCAUUCUUCUCCCUCCUGAACAGGCUUUUAAUAGUCUUAUUUCAGUGGAAGCAGUAGUUGGAGAAUAAGUUACAGGGACAGACCAAAAAAACAAAGACAAAAAACCCCCAUACAACUUAAAGUGCUUCAGGCUGCAAACGUAAACAAGAGAGGCAGGAGGUGGCCAGCUAGCUAUCUCCCCUCACCUCUGACACAGGAGGGUCAUUGUCUGGGUCCCU